AUGGGCACCGCUCCCGACGGAAGCGGCAUGGACGGAAAUCGGGUCGCUGGGAACCUUCCUGCUGGCGUGAAUCACGGCGGCAGUGACGGCAGGGCAGCAGGGGGUGGUGGCGGUGUGGCAAGGCACGGAACUUUCCGCGCGGCGAGCAGCGACGACGUGACGCUUCAUGAGCGCCGCGGCGGUCGUCCCAGUGACGCCCCGCGAGGGUUUAGCGUCGCGAAUCAUGGCAGAAACGGCAGAAACCAUGGUGGAAGGUCUGGUCACCGAGGCAGCCAGCAGGAUUCCUGGCAGACGGCGUCAUGGGGCAACACCAGGAGUGGCCAUGAGGGCUUUCACAGGGCAGGCGACGCAGACGUGGUGAUUGCUCACAGGAGGAAUGGCGCUACUAGGAACGCCGGUGGCAGCAAUGCCAGGGCUGCCAACUCAUUGGCAGGAAGAGCUGCACACUCAUUGCCAGUGGCCGCCUCAGCACACAGCGCAAUUUUUGAGAGUAACGAUUACAGUGGCGCCGGAUCUGAGGAAGAGGACCCAUGUCUCAGGGACCCAAGGCAGCAAGCGUGUGGCAGCAAUGGUGAUGGCAGCAACGGUGGUGAUUAUGCUGGCGAUGGCAGCGACGGUGGUGAUUAUGCUGGCGAUGGCAGCGACGGUGGUGAUUAUGCUGGCAACGGCAGCGACGGUGGUGAUUAUGCUGGCGACGGCAGCGACGGUGGUGAUUAUGCUGGCGACGGCAGCGACGGUGGUGAUUAUGCUGGCGACGGCAGCGACGGUGGUGAUUAUGCUGGCGACGGCAGCGACGGUGGUGAUUAUGCUGGCGACGGCAGCGACGGUGGUGAUUAUGCUGGCGACGGCAGCGACGGUGGUGAUUAUGCUGGCGACGGCAGCGACGGUGGUGAUUAUGCUGGCGACGGCAGCGACGGUGCGAUCCUGGAGGAGCACAACAACGCACGGCGUGAAGUGGACGUGCCAGACCUGGCGUGGGACGACGGCGUGGCGGCAGCAGCGCAGGAGUGGGCCAACCACCUCGCAUCCAUCAACUGCCCGUUGGAGCACGGCGGGGCAGAGGGGCUCGGGCAGAACCUCUACUGGAUCAGCCCUGCUGGGCUCACAAGCGAGGAGGACCGUGGGGCCGUGCAGGCGUGGGUGGAUGAGAAGGCUGACUGGACGCCUAGCCCGAUCCCUGAUGGGUGUGUGGAGGGGAAGAUGUGUGGGCACUACACGCAGGUGGUGUGGCGGGACACCACUCAUGUGGGCUGCGCCUCUGCGCAGUGCCCUGAUGGGGGCGGCAUGUGGGUGUGUGAUUACUCUCCACAGGGGAACAUUGUUGGAUCCAUGCCCUUCUAG